AUGUAUCUUGACUCUCAGGUGGAAGAAGCUGUUAUGAUCUAUCAUGAUGAAACAUCUGAAUCCCUGACAUGGUACUUCUCCUUCCACAACCUCACUCUUGCAUUUAUCUCGGCUCCUUUCCUGCUAAAAGCUGAGAUAAAAUAUUUAGGCCACUCACAAUAUGAUAUUCAGCUUCAUCUUGACGCCCUUGAUAAUGCAUGGACAAGCCAAUAUAAUAAGUACGACUACAUUGUGAUGUCUGGUGGACAAUGGUUUCGCAAAACAGCUAUUUUCUGGGAGAACAGCACCAUCAUCGGCUGCCACUACUGUCCUGGGAAAAAAAUAAAAGAACUUGGGAUGGACUAUGCUUACCAAAAAGCCCUGGAACUGGCUUUCCGCUUCAUUACCACAUCUGAUCACAAGCCACUUGUUGUUUUUAGGACUUGGACACCGGACCACUUCGAGUAUGGGGAGUGGUACAACGGUGGGAUUUGCAACAGGACAGAACCUUACAAAGAAGGUGAGUUUAGCGGCAAUCCAGUGGACCAAGUUAUGCGAGGCCUGGAAAUAGCGGCGUUUGAGAAGGCGGCAGCAAUUGGAUUGGAGGAUGGGACGCGCCUGAAACUCCUUGACAUUUACCAUCUUUCGCUGCUGAGGCCUGACGGACAUCCAGGCCCUUACUCGAAGUUUCAUCCUGAUAUCAGCAAGAGACCCCAGAAUGACUGCCUUCAUUGGUGCUUGCCUGGAUCAAUAGACACUUGGGAUGAUAUACUAAUGGAGACUGUGCUGAGGGAGGGGGACCAGAGGUCUUCAUCCUGAGAGAAGAAAACCUUGCAUCCGCUGCAUCCGAGCAAAGUGAAUGAACUGAGAUGCCACUGGACUGCAGGAGAGAGUUCAUGAUCUUCUUGGUGUAAAUUAUCAGGGACUCAUCAUUAUGUUUUUCAUGCUUGCAAAUUUAAUAGCUGGUGAUAUCCUUUUUUAUUUUUUAUUUUUUUAAAUCUCCCCCAACCCCCACCCCCUGCCUCUGUUU